AUGGAAACUGUAAAUAACAUCGCCGCCGCCGCAUCAAAGGUUAUCUGGGGCGAACCUCAAGAAACAACCGAUGCGGCAAAGGCAACGGUGGUGCCGGAGACGAAGGGGUCGGAACCAAUUAGUGGGGAGCUGGGUGAUACGAACAAGGGGGAGCCGUAUGAUUUGGGGAAUGCGGAUGCCACAAGCACCGAAAAUACCCUUUCCUCCACCAUCGACGGCACCACUUCCACAUCCACAUUCACACCCACCGACAGCACCACCCUUUCUCCCCCCGGCCUCGCCGCCAAACCUCUCGAUUCCUCCUCCCCCUCUACCUCCACCACCACUUCCGUCUCCGCAACCCCCGACUCCGUAUCCCGCACUCUGGCCGAAACACACAUCGCGCCACUUUCCUCCCCUGAUCCCUCUGCUUCCACCACCACCACCACUUCCGCUCCAAUCAAAGUUACUUCUGAGAAACCUUUGAUUUCGGAAUACAUCAAUCCCAAUUUCCCAGAAACAUCUACAUCUGCCGAGAAAUCCCUCUCCCUCUCCACCUCCUCCGCCACCUCCGAAACCACACUCAAACCCACCGAUCCUUCCACAGCAGGCGAACCCCCAAAACCAAGCAGCACAGCCAACGCCCAAGGAAUCCCCACCGAUCUACAACCGCUCCCCUCAUCUGCAAACGCAGAGAAACAGGAGCGCGAAACCGAAAGCACAGGGACAGGCGAAAAACACAUCAGGAGUUCCGGGCUCGUAGCCGAAGGAGGGGAUUUCGAUGCUGGGAGGUCUGGGGCGGGGAGGGAAGCGGAUCGAUUGUUGGGGGUGGAGGGGAAGAGUGCUGUUGGGGGAGGAAGUGGGGUAAGCGCAGUGAGUAGUGAAGAGGAUCAUGAUCAUGAAAAUGGCGAGGGAAAGAAAGAGGGUAAAUUGACGCAUUUGAAGGAGAAGAUUAAGGAGAAGUUGCAUAAGCAUUAG